GACCUGAAGUCACAUUGAAGCAAGCAUUCCUACGCGCGCACCCUCUGGCAUGAAUUUGUCAGUAUAGUGAGAACUUCAUCACAGAUAAGGCUGGCUGGCCAUGAUGACCAACAACCUCGCCUCACACCCCACCAAGCAGGCCAGCUGAGGACUCUCUCAACUGUCAGAGCAGAAAAAAGCACUCCGACCACCUGAUAGCGUUUGAGACACGGCUCCAGGUAUCCUGCCUAAUCCCCCUCUCUCUCUCUGACACAUCACUGCCUUAUGACCUGAGGGCCACAAUCAUCUGUUACAACCUGACGACUGAAACAGCCAACCAGAGAAGACCACUAGAAGAGAGCCUACAUAUUAAACUCAUCCACCACCAGAGGAGCUUGGGACUUGAGCUUCUGCCCAUCUGCAUUGUGACUCACUGUGGAACUCUUCGGCACCAGUACAAGAAGUCCAUUGACAGACGUGAAGACAGAUAUCCAGAGUGACAGUCUACCAGCUCAAACACCAUCAGCAGCCUGCUCCUCUGACCAGUACUGUUGAAGCUAUGGGGAGUCCAGGCUGUGACCGCGUGGGGAGCACAGUGCCCCUUCCCCUGAUGAGUUUCAAUGACUACCCCUACAGUGUGUCUGCUCUGAGGGCCUGGGAGGAGGAGGAUACCAAGCCGCCCCGUGGACUGAUAAGUGUGCCUAAACACACCGCUCCUGAACGCAGCCUGCAAGGGGUGUUCCUGCCCUGCUCUGACAUGCUCCUCACUGAAGACAGCUUGUGGCUGUUGAAGAAGAAAGAGGUAGCACCCCCUGAGCCCCCCUGUAAGCCCUUGGAGCAGUGCCCUGUCAUCGACAGCCAGGGUUUGGGGGUGGGCCUGGGAUUGGAGGUCCCCUCUGGGCUAGAGGGACAGGUGGAGGAACGCUGUCUGGAGCAGGUUCAGAGCAUUGUGUUGGGAGAAGUAAUGAAGGACAUAGAGACCGCCUGCAAGCUGCUCAACAUUACCCCAGAACCCAUGGAGUGGAACUGUGGGAACGUCCAGAAGUGGCUGCUGUGGACAGAGCACCUGUACAGACUACCCCAGGUGGGAAAGGUGUUCCAGGAGCUCAGUGGGAAGGACCUGUGCUCCAUGACAGAGGAGGACUUCAGGCAGCGCUCAAUGCAAUGUGGAGACCUGCUGUUUGCUCACCUGGACAUCUGGAGAUCAGCUGCGUGCAUGAAGGAGUGUUGCAUACCAGGAGAUACCAAGUUACAUAGUGCUGAGGAGACGUGUCCAGAGGCUGACUCAUCCUGCUCAAGCCAGCCCAUCCACCUGUGGCAGUUCCUUAGACAGCUGCUCCUCAAGCCACACAACUAUGGACGCUGCAUCCGCUGGCUCAACAAGGAGAAAGGUAUCUUCAAAAUCGAAAACUCGGCUUAUGUAGCCAGGUUAUGGGGCCUCAGAAAGAACCGUCCAGCUAUGAACUACGACAAGCUGAGUCGCUCUAUCCGACAGUACUACAAGAAGGGCAUCAUCCGCAAGCCUGAUGUGUCCCAGAGACUGGUCUAUCAGUUUGUCCACCCUGUAUGAAGCUGUUGAGCAGCCAGCCAGAAGAGGAGAACACGAGUGGUGAUGACUGGUGACAACUAACUGAAAAGAAGCCUCUAACUGCUGUUUUAGCUCCAGCAUUAACAAUGCACUGCAUAGACUGCCUCCUGCAUUGUGCACUCCUGCCUAAUUUCAAUAUUCUUAUGUGUAACCUGAUUGCAUAUGGGAAUUUAUUGUCACAUUGCAUUAGAUAUGUAAUGUUUUACAUUUACAAUAUUGUUGAAAUAAUUGUAAUAUUAAUUGUCCAAUAUUUCAUUUUCACAAAUGUCAAUUCCAUGUUUGUAUACUUUUUCUCUUAAUCACCAGUACAUCAGCUACUAUUUAUUUCUUCAUUUGUAAUGGUUGCUCUUUUUAGUGCCAUUUACAUUUCAACAUGUCCCUCCUUACUACCCAUAGCACUUACUAAUGUUACAUUUUACAUAACUAGUUCUCUGAAGCUUGCUUUGGAAACUACAGUGGACUAAGCUAUGGUGAGUAUAUAAUGUACUAUAGAAUGGAUUGAAUAUGUUCACUGCUGAUCUCUAGUAGCAGUCCGAUGUUAAGGCCACUUCAUAGGUCACAGUCACAGCUGUUUACCCCAUACAGUAGGGCCAAUUAUGAUCCUGAUGUAGAUUUGUAAUAUCACAGAUCUCAUUGAAUUGAAAUGAUUUGACUCCGGUGCCCAUUCCCUGGCGGAAGAAUACAGUCUAAUAGGAAUUAGUGAAUACAGUGAACUACUGUAAUAUAAGCAUUUCAAUACCACUGCCACAUUUCAAGUGCUAGGAACUGUAUAUAGAAUCGAACACCUGUGUCAGAGAUUUAGUGAUUGGAUACAUACAAAUGUUGGAAUAUAAUAUUGAAUAUUUAUAAUGACAAUGUGUAAGAAUGUGUUUAAAU